AUGUUCUCAGGUUGGUGCUUCACAACUAACCGUGCGUGGCACAAAGGAGGAAGAAUUAUAGUUGCUUGGAAUCCUUUGAGAUUCAAUGUAAGUAUACUCAGCUGCUCAAAUCAGCUUAUUCACUUGUUUGUAGCUACUGUGGAUAAUAACCAUAGAUUUUUCACUACAUUUGUAUAUGGCUUUAAUGAUGAAGAGGGAAGGAAAAGUUUACAGGAAUUGGCUAGAGCAGAUCCCUGGGUAGUGCUUGGGGACUUUAAUGAUAUCCUGAACAGAGAUGAAAGAAUUGGUGAUAGAAGUAAUAAGCAGCAGGGAUCAGAUAGAAUCUACUCCAAGAUUGAUAGAGUUCUGGCAAAUCAAGCGUGGAUGGAUAGCUUUACAACUGCUGAAGCUAUUUUUCUGAAUGAAGGUAUUUUUGAUCACACUCCAGCAAUUUUAACUGUGCAUUAUGAUAUUUCUAGUGGUAAGAAGUCGUUCAAGUAUUUUCGGAUGUGGUCUUCACAUCCUCAAUACCACCAAGAAGUGAGUAGGGUGUGGCAUCAGACUGUUAAAGGGACUAAAAUGUUCCAAGUUGUGACUAAGCUUAAAGACCUUAAGGCUUUCUUUAGAGAUCUGAACAAGCUAGGUUUUUCAGCGAUUCAUAUGGCAGAUUUGCAAGCUAGAGAGAAGCUUAAUGAAUGCCAGAACAAGCUGCAUAGAGACCCUUUGAAUGUGGAUCUGCAGUAUCAGGAGUUGGAAGCUAGAAGGCAUUAUGCUGGGGUGCAUAAAGAUUAUUGCUCAUUCUUGUCCCAAAAGUCUAAGGUUACCUGGGUACAAGAAGGUGACGAAAAUUCUGCUAUUUUUCACUCCAGUAUCAAGGAAAAAAGAUGUCAAAACAGGAUAUAUUCUAUUACCAAUGCAGAAGGGAACAGAGUGGAGGAUCCUGCUGGUGUUACUGAAGCAUUUCUAUCCUAUUAUCAGUCUUUAUUGGGCACUCAAAUGGAGAAUAGACAGCCAGUUAAAGCUUCAAUAAUGGCUCAAGGACCUGUGAUUUCUAGACAGCAGGACAAUUGGGAGUUGGUUGGAAAUGAAAUAUUUGAAGAUGUAACAUCUUUCCUGCAUACAGGGCACUUGCUAAAAGAGCUUAACUCUACAGUUAUUACCCUUAUUCCUAAGUGCAAAUGUCCUAAUAUUGGGGGGUUCAUUAAAGGUAGGUUCAUCGCUCAUAAUAUUAUGAUCUGUCAGGAUCUAAUAAGGCAUUAUGGAAGGAAAUCAAUUAGACCCAAUUGCAUGAUAAAGCUGGAUUUACAAAAGGCUUAUGAUACUAUGGAAUGGGGAUUCUUAGAGGAGAUGUUACAUGCUUUUCAAUUCCCUGCUAAAUUCAUUAAUCUCAUAAUGAAUUGCGUAACCACACCUAGGUACUCCCUAAUGUUUAAUGGAUCUAUGCAUGGAUUCUUUGCAGCAAAGAGAGGCUUGAGACAAGGGGAUCCAAUGUCUCCCUUACUUUUUGUUCUUGGGAUGGAAUACUUGAGUAGAAUUAUGCAGAAAGUUGGGGAGAAGGGAGAUUUUCAGUUUCAUGAAAGGUGCGGUGAUUUAAAGCUUAAUCAUCUAAGCUUUGCUGAUGAUGUGUUGCUGUUCUGCAAAGGUGACUUCAAGAGUAUAUAUUUAAUGUUGCAGGGGUUAAAGUUGUUCUCAAAUUCCUCUGGUUUGAACCCAAACAUAAAAAAAACAGCCAUUUAUUGCAGUGGAAUGAGUGAAGAGGAGAUUAGAAGAGUGCUUGAUGUAUCAGGUUUCAGUAGAAAUGAUAUCCCGUUUAAGUAUCUUGGUAUUCCCAUCUGUGCCAAGAGAAUCUCAGCUGCUGAAUGCAAAAUAUUGGUUGAGAAGAUGACAGCUCGAAUCAAGACCUGGAGUUCCAAAAACUUAUCUUUUGCAGGUAGAUCAGUUUUGAUUAAUUCUAUGCUUUUGUCUAUCCAUGCCUACUGGAGUCAAAUCAUGAUUCUACCUAAGAAGCUUGUAUCUGAAAUUGAAAGCAUUUGUAGAAGCUUUCUCUGGAAGGGGCAGAGUAAUAUGAUUGGGUCCGGAAGCGUGGCCUGGAAGAAGCUGUGUAAGCCUAAGAAGGCUGGAGGAAUUGGCUUUAUGAGCAUUUCAGAGUGA